AACGAUGAGUUAUAUGUAACGUUUAAAUAUGUUUAAAUAUUGUAAUGACGCGGAAUAGCAAAUCGUCAGAUGGCAAGUUUGCAGUUCUCUCCAGUCGAAGACGCGGAAGAUCUGCCGAGGAUGCUCGCGUUGUAGGAAGCACGUCGAUGAGGACCGGAAGUCUCGUCUGACCAAGUCGAGGACCGAACAAGAUCUUUCAGCAUGAAAUGAAUAGCAGUUCAAGCACAGGAAAGUCCGAAGAAAAUUGAAAAGAGACUUUCUUCGGUUACUAGCUCUUGAAACGUUUGCUGAUAGCUCGCGAGAGUCAUGAGAGUCCAGGUGAUUUAUUUGUUUCUCGCCAUCGCUGGCUUCCAUCCGGGCGGAUGUGUGCCCUUCAUGGAAUUCUUGCGAAGCAUACUUCAAGUGGGGAAGAAUAAAAUUGAUGAAGAUGGAGUUUCGUAUCCUGUGCUAUACAGUAACGUACGAAGGCAACCAAUAAUCCCCGAAAACAUUUCGUUUCCUUGCUCUCUUGUUUACCGCAGAUCCUUGUCAAUACCAAAUAACGUUCAUCGUUUGAGACCAGGCGACAUCGAUGUGGUGGCUGGCCUCGGUGAUUCCUUAGUUGCCGGAAGCGGUGCAAUGGAGGAGUACGCCGUAGGAACUUUCAUCGAGGCACGCGGGGUCAGCUGGUGCGUCGGGGGCCAAGGCAGUUGGAGGCAGUUCUUCACGCUUCCUAACAUAUUAAAGGUAUUUAAUCCGAGGUUAACUGGAUAUUCUACCGGAACGGGCGAGUUUAUUUCCACAUUGGCGAGGCUAAAUAUUGCAUUCCCGGUCGCUGCUACGGAGGACGCAUUACACCAAGCGAGAAUCUUAGUGCAAAGGAUCAAGGAUGAUCCAAAGAUAAAUAUAAAGAAACACUGGAAGCUUAUUACGAUUCUAUUUGGAGCUAAUGAUAUUUGCUCGGCACAAUGUUACGAUCCUCAACAAUUCUCGCCAAUGCGUUAUGCUUUGCAUUUGCGAAGAGCACUCGAUUUUUUAAAGGUUGCACUCCCUCGCACUCUGGUCAAUCUAGUUCCAGCUAUAGAUGUCACGGUGUCAGUUAGAGUAACGCGGAGCGUCAUGUGUAAUAUAUUACAUCCCCUUUAUUGUGCCUGCUUGCACAAAGGUAAUCGACCGGAAAUCACGGCGUCAAAAAUGUCACAGCUGUAUCAGCAAGCUGCCGAAACUUUGAUAUAUUCAGGACGAUAUGACAAUUCUCCAGACUUCACAGUGGUGUUACAGCCAUUCAUUAAAUUAUUCAACGCACCUAAUGCAGAUCCUAUUCGCGCGCCACCGAUCGAUUCCAGUCUGGUCACAUACGACUGUUUCCACUUCAGUCAGAAAGGACAUGCAGUCGGCGCCAAUCUUCUGUGGAAUAAUAUGUUAGAGCCGGUAGGAAAUAAAACGGACAGAGGAUUGCCCAGAAUACUGGAGAAAGUACUCUGCCCUACAAAGAAUGCACCCUACAUAUUCACAAAUGUUAAUUCGCGAUUUUUCCAUUUGACCGGAAGGCAAGAUGAAAUUGUGCCUAGAUAACGCGAAGAUUGACAGCGUUCGAUAAUAAUUUAGCAUGCCACCAUUAGAUAGAUGUUAAUUAUCUUGAUAAGUUACUAGAAAAAUAUCAAUGCAUUUGAUAUCGAUUAUUCAUGAAAUUUUUAAAUAAAG